CUCGCGAGGGGGUGGGGGCGGUACCCGGGCUCCGUUGCUCUUCGACUCUGAAGUUUGGGGCCCGUGGAGUUUGAGGCGAAGCGGAGACGACACGGGGGGAAGGCGGCGGCGGUGUUGGGGAAGCAGCGACACGGGGCACAGCGGAGACAAGAGACGGCGGAGAGCAGCGGAGAGACGACGCGAGCGAGAGUUACAUGUUAAGAGAGCAGAGCGCGUGGGACACAGAGAGGAGAGACACGAGGGCGGAGAUACGGGAGGGAAAGAACAACAGAGAAGGGGCAGAGGGCGGGAGACCAAGUAAGCAAGGGACACGAGUGGGAACUCGGGGGAAUAGAUAGACACGAGGACACGGGGAUGGACGCGGAAGAGGCCCCGGUGUUCGCGGAGCUCACACCUGUGCGCCCCGGCGAGCGGGCCGAUAUGUACGUGUACCUGCCCGUGGAUGUCCUGGUGAUGGAUGCGGGAUCCAACUCGCCGAUGGUAAUGAUGGACCCGGGUUCCACCGGUGCCCAGCGACACACAGAGGCAGCGCCCAGCCUGCUGAGCCGACUGCUGCCACCGCCGCCACCACCGCAGCCCGGGAGGGACUCGCUCAUGGCGGCACCGCUCAGCACCAUCAGCGACUUAACGGCCGAAGUGCUGGGCCUCGUUUCUCUGGGAGGGACCUACGGCUCGCCUAGCCUGCAGUCCCAGGGCGACGCGGUGUCGGCGGAGCGGCCUGCGAGGAGAGGCCGGGGCCGGGGCCGAGGUCGUGGACGUGGACGUGGGAGAGGCCGAUGGGCCGAGGCGGCCGCCUACCUCCCCCCGUCGCCCCCCAGCUCGGAGCGCGGCAGCCCCGACGUCCCGCCCGCGGCGGCGGCGGCGGCGACGUCGUCGUCGCGCAUUGCCACGGCGACCGCGGCGGGGGUGGGCGGCUCCCUGGAGGCGGGGCCGAGCACCGAGGAGACUUUGAAACUGGAGGAGGGGAAGCGCGUGCACGCGUGUCCGCACGAGGGUGAGCGCGGUUGCAAUAAAGCGUACACCAAGAGUUCGCACCUGAAGGCACACGUGCGCAGCCACACAGGGGACAGACCGUACGCGUGCGCGUGGACGGGCUGCUCGUGGAGAUUUUCCCGUUCGGACGAGCUGACUCGGCACGCGCGCAAGCACACGGGCGCGCGCCCCUUCUCCUGCCGCGCGUGUGCCCGCACGUUUGCGCGCUCCGACCACUUGGCGCUGCACGCGAAGCGCCACCUCACCUAAGAAGCGGCCUGCACGCGGGCCCCCCCCCCUUACCCAUGUCGGGCGGUGCCCCCAUCGCUCCUUGUACAUAUACACACACGGCAUUUUCUCAGCGGCCAUGAACGGCGCGUCUACUGUCACUGUACCUCCUCCUCCUCCUCCUGCGCGGCGUCGUGCUGCCUGUGUGCGCGUGCGUGCGUGUGCGUGUGCACGCACGAACGCUCGAGUAUGUAAACGCGUAUGCACUGGAUGAUCUCAUGCUCAGAAACGUAAAAAGUCUGCACGGGCUCAGAAGCGAGUUCUCUCUUUUUUUUUUUUCCCCAGAUGGAGUUUAAAUGUGGGGUGCUCUUGCGUCAGGGUUGACGUUUCAAUGCAUGUUGUGAACUCUAACUUUUUUUUUACUCGCUGAUAAAAACCUAGCCAAUGUAUACACUCUAUCCCCUAGGCCUGAAUAAAACGCUUAACCGUUAAACCUCAACACUAACCCUUAAGCUUGUUACAUUCCCAAUGACAAACCUGUAACACUAAUACUGACUUAACACUAAAUCGUCACCCUUGAGAUAUUUUAUCCUUUGAUUCUUACAUACUCUAAUCUUGCUGAAACCUUAGCCCUCAGGGAACAUGCACACUGGUACAUGAUUGGGACACAAUGACUCGUGAUAUAACUGUACUCGUUUGCAAACAUGUUAACUGCACAUCAGGGAUUAGUAAAACGAAGUUUACGUUUUGAUCAUCGAUAUUAUUCCUCAGUCCCGGAAAGUGAGAAUGUAUUAAUUGACACAGACGUUCCAACAUUUCAUCCAUCAACUGCACUGGUUACAUUGCAGCAAGCAACGUUCUCAGCCUAUUGGGUUGGGUCAACGGAAUUUAAAGGGUCUCCCUCGUUCGAGUCAUCUUAGUGGUCGAGCAGCCCAUCCCAGUAAAUACGCAGUGCUGGGCCAACGUUAGCAUUUGGUUCGCAGCGUUUGAUCAGAAUUGGCCCCAACGUUCCACAUUUACUGGGAUUACGUCCCGGAACAUCUAGCCCUGGUGGUUCCCAACCUUCCUAGAUGUGUGGACCGCUCUCAGUUCUCAUAUAGUGUUGGCUGCCCACUACCGUAAAGAAUUGCAUGUUUGGAAGAAAAGAAUAUAUCACAUCUGCAACAGCUCCACAGACCACUUCUGAUGGUUCACAGGUUUAGAAUCGCUGUUCUAGUCUCUACCAUUAUUAAACGUGAGCCUGCGGGUUAAACCUGGGGUCAAGGACGCUGCAACCAUGAAGUGUGGUUAAGGUUCUGUUUGCACGCAUUUGUUAACACAUUUUGCACGUUGCGGGUGGUGGGAGGAAACCAGUUGCCGCCCUGGUUAACACUGGGUGCGAUAUACAUUUCAAAUACGCGCCGUCUGCAUCUCAGUGGCUGUUAGAGAUCCCGUAACAUAAAUUCACAUUUUCCAAUUUAAAAAAAAUUAUCCACAAAUUACUCAUUGGAAUCUACAGAGCGACCGUUGCCCAUGACUGCAAAAAAAAACUUGGCAGGACCCUCCUGAAAAAAGGCAUGGGACUCGCUGGGGAUUUCUGGGUAAACAAGUGUAAUAACAAGAGUUAAUUGUCAACGCAGGUUUGCGAAUUCAUUGCAAUGGGUUAAUGGUGUUUGUGUAUCUGAAUGUCUUUCAUUAUUUGUAAUUCGAUAUAGUCUUCAGGCUUUUUUUAUUUGUCAUAUACAAUUUUUUUUUAUUUCAGGUUGCGUUACUUUUUGGUCUAAAAUUGGGUUUCUGUUGAAUAGAGAAUUUUCAAUUUUGAACUAUCUCCUGUCGAUUAUUUGCUGUGCACAGGACAUGGGAAUGUUUGCUGAUGGAGGGUCAAAGGUGUGAGCUGCUUUCACAAUGCGCGAUACGUUUAUCACAUUUAAGAUUAGAACAGACCUCUGGCGUGCCCUGCAUGCUUGGAGCCCACGGAAGUUUCACACAACUCGGGUGAGUUCAAGUGGCAGAAAUAACUGGGGAAUAUAGGUGCCCUGAAGGCAACAACCGGAAGAUACAAUCCAAACUUAGGACUUCAUGGUUUACACGAAGCAACGGACGAAAGCAAAUUAUGUAUAAGGGCGAUUUGUUAAUGUGGACCCAGAAUGAAAUGAUGCUCAGGGUUUGACGUUCACGCAUGGCUGUGUAAUGCCUUCGGGAGAUGGACACAAGUUACAGUUUAAGGAUUUAACAACCUUCAUAGCGUUGUCAUUGGUCUAAGUGUAAUCGCAAAGCCGGGCUGGGCAAGUCCGCUUGUGGGGUGGCCGGCGAUCAUUUUCUCUGCAGCGAGGCUAGAGGCUCGGUUGAGUCGUCACAAACGGCUCUGGAAAAUUCAGUGCGUACAAGGCUUACACAAUUACAUUUGAUAACGUCCAUCCGUCGUGUUUUAUACAUGUUUUGUCCGUGUCUUUUAAACACGGCAAUUUGAAAAAAAGGCUUGUAGUAUACACACUAGUGUAAACGCCUAUUUUUGAAUAAUGUUAAAUACCGUGUGUAAACACGACUAUGAGCACUGGACUGUGGAGAGCCUGCAGUGGUGAUAAUUCCAAUUAUAGAAGAAACUAUGAGACAUCUAGACUGUUAAGUAGUCUCGGGCGGGAUAAGUAGCUCGGAGGGAAAACAGCCGGUGGUUUAAACUAAUGGCAGAAUUGCAGCCAAUGUCGGGAGCUCCAGAGAGAAAAUACACUGCGGAGAUGGAGCUAUGAUAUCGGCUCGUGCGGGUGCAUUGUUAGAUCGCAGGACCGUGAGAUGCCUUCAUUCAGCAGCAUAUUGUUCAUGGCUCUCAAUUGGGAUUACACAGCGUGCAUUGGCCCCCACUGGUAAACGAAGCCGAUUUCGUGCUGGGCGCUGCGUCAGCUUGUGCCCACAGGGACCGCUGCCAGUGCGUCUGCCCUUUCGAAUGUUUGACGUGAGAUGCGAUGUACAGCGCUCUGAGACGCCGCUCGGCUGGUGGUGAGAUCCGUCAAUCAACGGCAUUCUAACCCAUGAACUAAACUUUUUUUUUAUUUCACCAGGUACGGCCCAGAGGGCUGUAUUGCUCUUUUUCAGAAGUUACCUGGUCACAAAUGGUAGCUCAAAGAAGUGGCUUAUCAUGUGGAAAUUUAUAGCAGCAAAAAUACUUUAAUCGCAUGUUUCUAAAUAUUGAGGGAAAAACCGGAGGACCCGGAGAAGAAUUCUGGAGAGACAUAUAAUAUACAGGCAUCUUCAGGGUCGGGAUCGAACCCACGUCUCUCUUGCAUACCAGGCGAUGUACUUAACAUCUCGCCACCGCGGUGUCCUGAAUUGCGACGCACACAUUCAAUGUAUCCGUCCCAAUUAGUGCAGCAUCGCCAAGUGGCCAGGGCUGUUGCAGCAUGGGGGGGAGGGGGUAAGGGGACUAGGGGCUGUUGACUGCCCGACCCUCUGUUUUGGCAGGUGGGGCAGACCUAACGCUGCGCCAAUGGCUUUUAAUCGCCUGCAAAUGGUUCCUGGCCGAGGAGAGCUGCUAAUAUAGCACAGUCGAUACUGGAUACGAUUGCAACCCAACAUUUGAUCAAGAUUCCUCAGUGCCACAAUUACUACAGCAUUUAUCUUGUGUGUGUUACCCCUUCACUGGUGACUCUUAUUAUCCUUGGGAACUAUAGGGUCUGGGAACUUAAUGAUUAGCGGCUCUAUAUUUAUUAUCAGCGAAUAACUGAAAAGUCCCUGUGGAUAAGUGGAAUAAACUAUCGGCCUAAUAGGGUCGUGGAUGUUA